AAAUUAACCCUCCCAACAACAACCCAUUCCAUUCACAAUGUCAUCAUCAUCCCCACCACCACCACCACCACCAUCAACCUUCACCCCCCUCCUCCCAUCCCAACCGCUCCCCAAAAAUGGGCCCAUCCGCUUCCCCUUCCAACCCCCGAACCUCUCCGUCAUGCUCCGCGACAACAUGACCCUGAGCAGCUGGCUCCUCAGCGGCGCCCUCCUCCAGGGCCUAGCGUUCACGGUAUUCGGCCCGAAGUCCCUCAUCCCGCCGACGAUGAUCCUCCUGUACCGCGUGAUCGACCACCUCCUCAUGGCCGCGCACAUCACCCGCAACCGCUACAUGGACCACACCCUGCAGACCAAAUUCUCCGCCCAGUAUCCAACCACCCCAUCCAUCACGCCGCAAAACCCCGGCAGCACCCUCUCGAAAUACUACCCCGCCACCCCAGCCGCCCAACCGCUGGUGGUCUUCCACCUGGGCGCCCGCGUCAACCACCCGCUCGGCAUGUUCGCCCCGGGCUGGCGCGACCUGGGCGCGUACAACCAGCGAAUGCUGGCGGCGAUGACGGCCGACGCGGAGAAGUACGGGCUGCUGGGGGUGUCGCACUGGACCAAGGACGCGGCCGCCGCGGGCAAUGAGAGCAUGUGGGUGUUCUACCUGCGGGACUACGACGCGCUGCAUCGGUUCGCGCACGACGAGGUGCAUAUGGCUGGCGUGCGGUGGUGGGCGCGCGUCGUCAAGGCGCAUCCGCAUAUCGCGAUCUAUCAUGAGACGUACCUCGUCAAUCCGGGGCAGUGGGAGAAUAUCUAUAUCAAUUCGGAGCCGACGGGGUUGGCGGAUGCGUGGUUUCCGGUCGCCGAGUUGACGGAGGAAGGGGGAAAGGAAACGGGGCCCGGGGGCAGGAUGUGGGUGCGCGCGCCGGUGGAUGCGCGCGGCGGUGCGCUGCGGUCGGCGUCGAGGCGGUUGCAGCGCGGGUGGUUGGAGGAGGCGGAGCAGGUCGAGGGGGAGCUGUAUGAUCGGAGUUUUGCUGCGUGAAUCCAUGGGACAUGUUGACGGGAUGAGAGGUGGGUUGGGUGGGCUGGCUUGCUGUUAUGUAUUGUGUGGUGUUAGGGCAGGGGUGGGAGGUUGAACCCCAUGCGGGUAUGCUUUGCUUCUGAAGAAUGCAUCUUACUAGUGCAGUGCGUUGCAUGGAUAUAAUCUCAUUGAUUUAUCUUCCUGCAGUCAGAAAAGAAGAUGCAUUGACAUGCUCUGACAAUCAGUGAAAUUUUGUAUCUAUUCUAGGCUCAUUACGAUAAGAUGGAGAUGGAGCGAUAAGAAACCAAGCCUUCCCCCAAUAUAGUGG